CUUGUUCCGCAGCGACCUCAGGGCAGGUUGCUGUGUCGCUGUGCAUAUGAGCGAAAAGCUGCCCAUAUUGCACUUCGAUCACCAAUGACUCCCGUAGGUCCCAUGGUUCGUCGAUGUAGGUCACGAACACCCGUUGCAUUAUCACCAAUCCUAAUCUUGUGCCUCUGCAUUUUAUGGCACACAAUUCAGACCUGGUUUGGUGAUGGUUCCAAUUUCUCGCUUAUGGCGCCCAAGUCCUACCGUGGUAUUGUGGCCACACCUUCACAUCAUCACAGGAUCACUCUCAACAUGUUUCUCCAUGAUGUAGCAAUCAUCAUGCUAUUCGCGGCGGUUGGCUAUGCAGCGGCUUACUCUCAGCAACGUUGGUUGGCCAUGCCCCACGCCGUGGAAGAAUUUGCGCCGGGCCCUCCGAGCCCCCAAAAUGGCGCGUUGUUGGCUGCUGGGCUCUAUGGUGCGAAUAUCGCAUAUAAUGUCAUCAACAAACGCGUUCUGCUGGCGCAUCCGCAUCCCUGUUUGGUCACAGGGAUCAAUUUGUGUUCGUCUUCACUUUGCUGCGUAGUUUGCUGGAUGCUGGGUCUCAUUCACUGGCCUCGCUUUUUGGGCUGGCCCUUCUACUUGAAGCUCAUGGGCUUAGCAGUGCUGCAUUGGAGUGGCAUGCUCUUUUCAAACAUCUCGGUGUCGGAAGUCCAUAUCUCCUUCACCCACACUGUAAAGGCAGCUGAGCCUUUCUUCACUGCUCUCUUUACUGCAGUGCUUAUUGGUCACAAGCCAACCCUUCGUGCCUGGCUCAGUUUGUUGGUGGUCAUCGGUGGCAUUGUGGUGGCUUCCACCGCGGAGAUUUCGUUCACUUGGAGAGGCUUUUGGGCCGCCAUGGCCUCCAAUGUCGUUGUGGCGCUCAGGACUGUGCUGACAAAAAUGGCCAUGGAUAGACACAUCUUGGACCCCUUGAAUUUCCAAGCUCUCCUUCAGUGCGCGGCUUUCAUUGUUUCAGUCCCCGUGGCGCUGCUAUUCAACUUGCAUGCAGUGCGGGAGGUUGCUGCUGACACUGCCGCCUGGCCCUCCAUCGUGCUGAUUGGACCUCUAGUUUGGACCUUCAACGUGGCUUCCAUCAUGGUUUUGGUCCACACCAGCACCGUGGUUCACUCAAUGAUCCGAUCCAUGCGCCGGCCGCUGUUGGUGCUGGCAUCCAUCAUCACGUUCGGCACUCGCAUCACUGCCCUAAAUGCCUUGGGUAUUCUCUUUACGCUCUGUGGCGCCUUUUGGUACAGAUACGAGAGCGAACUGGUGAACAAAAAUGGUCACGGCGUGAAGAGAAGUAUCACUGAGACAAGGCAGCGAACGAUUCCAUGAGGUCUGAACAGCUGAUCCUUUUCCAACAUCAAUCAGCUGGGAUGGCCUGGGUUUCAAUUGGUCAAUUGGUUGGUGGCUUCAAUUGAAGUGAUGACAUCAAUAUCAUGAAGCCACCAACAUAUCCAAUGUGGAUAUUCAAUAUUUAAUAUUUGAUGUCAAC